AUGUUAUCCUCAAAAGUCAGAAAUGAAAACCAAAUAAGAUCGUUUCCUAAAAAGGUAUCCGAGUCUUCGACCAAUCAAAAACAACAUCAACAACUCCCAAAACUCAAAAGAGUGGCUCUCAAUGACUUGACUGAUUACUUGAACUCCAAACAUUCCAUGACUGCUGCUGAAAGCACUACAAUCAUUGAUGAUGCCGAUCAUUCUUUACCUCCAAUCCACACCAUGAAAUACAAUACCUCCCUUAACCAAUACGAUGAUACCCAAUCCAGUGAUACCGACUUGGAUGCUAAUUUAAAUUACGUGCAGUCUAAUUCUGAUGAUAAUGAGACUGGAAACUUGAAUUCUGGUGAAUUAAUAAAGAGGAUUUAUGAUGGUCAAGAUUAUGAUGAUGUGACUACCGAUGAGGAAAUCGAUGACGAUGAUGAUUAUCAGUAUGAUAAAAAAAAUUAUCAUCAUCUAGACCACCGCGCUGAAGAUUAUGAACAGGAAGUAGAAGAAGAUUUUGACGUUCAAGCCUUGGAUGAUGAUGAAGAAGAAGAAGAAGAAGAAGAAGAAGAAGAAGAAGAAGAAAUUACUGAAGAUACCCCGCCAAAACCAUUUGUUAUCAAAAGAUCUAGAAAGAUUGACCAACAACUUUACAAGAUCUAUGAAGAAUUCCACAUAGAUCAUUUAGAUCCAGAGGAUCAAGAUACUUAUGAGACCUCGAUGGUUGCAGAAUAUUCCCCAGAAAUUUUCAAUUAUAUGCAUAAGUUGGAAUUAAGACUUCGGCCAGAUCCUAACUAUAUGACUUUGCAGCAUGACAUUAAGUGGUACAUGAGAGCCACUUUGAUAGAUUGGUUAGUACAAAUUCAUUCAAGAUUCAAGUUAUUGCCAGAAACCUUAUUCCUUUCAAUUAAUUACAUUGACAGAUUUCUCAGUAAACGGACUGUUUCCCUUAAUAGAUUCCAAUUAGUGGGAUCGGUUGCGCUAUUCAUUGCUGCAAAAUAUGAAGAAAUUUCUUGCCCGUCGCUAAAAGAAAUUGUGUCCAUGUCGGAUCAUGUCUAUUGCGAGGAGCAAAUCAUCAAAGCAGAAAAAUUCAUGAUCGAUGUACUUGAAUUUGAUAUGGGAUGGCCAGGACCAAUGAGUUUUCUUAGAAGAACUAGUAAAGCAGACGACUAUGAUUUCGAAACCCGUACGCUAGCAAAAUACUUGUUAGAAGUAACGAUCAUGGAUUAUAAAUUUGUUGAUGCUUUGCCAAGUUGGUGUGCUGCCGGAGCCCAUUUUUUGGCAAGAUUGUUAUUAAACCGUGGAGAAUGGACAAAGGCCCAUAUUUAUUAUUCAGGAUACACUUCAGAACAAUUAAUGCCAUUUGCCAACCAUGUUUUAGAAGCGUGCCGCCAUGCCGAAAGCCAUCACCAUGCAAUUUUUGAAAAAUAUCAACAGGGAUGUUUUAGAAGAGCUUCGAUUUUUGUACAGAAUUGGAUUAGUGUUGUCGGUGAAGAGGAAGAUUAA